UCAGCCCCCUAGACGCUCCGGAGGCCCCGGGCCUCAGCCACCAGGGGGUGGACUCGCUCUCCACCUGUUCCUCUAAGAUCACGCCCGCGGCGUGGCGCUUCAGGCUCCCGAGGGGCAGACGCUGACUGGGCGCCUGCUGUGUGCCGGGCCCAGUGCGGAGCUGCUGGGGUCCGGUGCCGAGAGACCUCAGGGUGGGAGGUGGAGGCAAACGGAGAAGGGCUCGGAGUGUGUGUUGUCGAGGUAAACAGCGGGCCGCCCCACCGGACACCUUGCACCUGCCGGGGGCAGGAGCAAGCAGGUCGGGAAAGGCUUCUGGGAGAAGACGCCACCUACGCGGACGGCUGCAGGAUGAUCCGGAAGGAGGCGCGUGCAGGGCGACCGGUGGGAACGAUUCGCAGGGGAGCGUCCUCCGGGGACGAAGGCCUGGAGGAGGUUCCGUGGGGCCCCAGCGUAACUAAGUGGGACCCAUCUUCUUGCCUACGCCGGCCUCGGACGCGCGGCGUCCCCCGCGCGGGAGGCGCAGGUGUGCUGGCCGUCCGCAGAUGGUGGCUGGUAGGACCCCGCGAGUCACUGAGAUGGUCCAGACUGAGCUCUGAGCGCUGGGAGAGUGGAGAUGCUUCAAAGCCUUAUUAAAAAUGUUUGGAUCCCCAUGAAGCCCUACUAUACCCAAGUUUACCAGGAGAUUUGGUUAGGAAUGGGGUUGAUGGGUGUCAUCGUUUAUAAAAUCAGGAGUGCUGAUAAAAGAAGUAAAGCUUUGAAAGCUUCCAGUCCUGCGCCUGCUCAUGGCCAUCAUUGACCGGCUGUACUUGGAGCGCACGUCCGAUGGAGCAUCAGUCUGUUUGUAAAUCUCAGUGCGCUGUUAGAUGGGAACGUGGAGCACUGCCGUACACCUGUAGACGUGUUGUGUCCCCUGUGGCGUGAAUAAAUGUACCUGAGGUGCACCACUGCC